AUUAAGGAGUGUAGUGUAAUAACAGUGGAAAGGAAACAGAAACCGAGAGCAGCAACAUUUAAAUAAAUCUGAUAAACCCCUCUUCCUAAGCUACUUGUUGUCCAAAACCCUAGAAUAUCUCUGUCUCUAUCUAUCUGUAUCACUAGCACACGGACACAAAUAUCUUGGCUCUCUCUCAUCGUAGCAUGUCCUCCUCCUCCAUAUGGUUAGGUCUAGUAGUAGUAGUGGUGGUGUUGUUGGUGAGCAAUGCGGCGUCGUAUUCUAAGUCCGAAUCUUCUAAUUCAGGGAGUAGAGGACCCCACAUAGCUGAUGUGAAUAUAUUGUUGCCUCCCAAGAUGACUCAUCCUGUUCACUAUAGACUUCAAGCAAGUGAUGGCUGCUUCAAAUGGUCAUGGGAUCAUCAUGAUAUCUUGUCUGUUUUACCCGAGUACAAUUCGAGUAAUCACUGCUCCACGAGUGCCCACUUGAAGUCGAUAGCACCCUAUAGUGGGCGCAAGGAGACGGCCGUGUAUGCUACGGAUGUGGAUACUGGGAGGGUCAUUCGUUGCAAGGUUUAUAUUGAUAAUGUUUCUAGAAUUCAAAUAUUUCAUAGUUCUGUCAAACUUGAUUUAGACGGGCUUGCCACUUUACGUGUUCGUGCCUUUGACAGCGAAGAAAAUGUGUUUUCAUCCCUAGUGGGCAUACGGUUCAUGUGGCAACUCGAGCCUGAAACCGAUGAAUCAGCUCAUCACCUUGUUCAUGUACCUUUAAAGCUCUCUCCACUAAGUGAUUGUGGUGGCUUGUGCGGUGAUCUCGACGUCCAAAUAAAGCUUGAAGAUAGUGGAGUUUUUUCAGACCUUUAUGUUGUAAAAGGAACUGAAAUCGGUCAUGAACGCGUUUCAGUAGAUCUGCUUGAGCCAAUGUAUGAUCAGAUGGCUGAUAGUAUUGUUCUAACUGUUGCAGAAGCUAUGUCUCUUUAUCCACCAUCCCCUGUUUUUGUUCUUGUUGGUGCUGUUGUGCAAUAUCUACUAACAGUUGUGCGCGGGAAUAUUCCUCGAGCAGUAACUUUACCAUCUCCGUAUCAUCAAUGGUCGGUUUUGAAUUCUUCAGUUUCUCGGAUAGACAAAACGAUGGGUAUAGCUCAUGCACUGAACUUAGGUGUCACAACUGUUAGUGUUGAAGAUACAAGAGUUGCUGGUCACAUCCAACUGUCAUCACUACAUGUAGUGCUUCCAGAUUCUUUAUAUAUAUACAUAUCGCCUUUGUCACAUUCUGGUGAUAUUCUCGAAGGUGCAGCACCUAAUCCAUCUGUUUCACGUUGGUAUGUUGUUACUGGUAGACAAUAUCUUCUUGAAAUGAAAGUUUUCUCGCGAGUACCUGAGUCACAAGAGAUAUAUAUAACGGAGACUGAUGAUAUAAAGUUGUAUGAUGACCAUUCUGAGUUUUGGAAUAUAUUCCCAGUUUCAGAUACUACUACUUCCAAACUUGUGUGUUUGAAUUCUAAAAUUCUGAAAGCAAUGUCAUAUGGAUUGGGUAAACUAACUGCAACUUUAACCUACAGUAAUGGGGUUCAUGAGGUGAAUCAGGCUCUCAAGGUUGUGCAAGAAAUCAUGGUUUGUGAGCAAGUAAAGUUUAGUAAGGACAAAAGAAGUGCAUCUGGGAGUAUUCUCCUUCCAUGGGCCCCUUCUGUCCACCAGGAGGUGGAGCUAAAGGCAACAGGAGGUUGUGCCAUAUCAUCCAGUGACUACAAAUGGUUUUCUUCAGAUAUGUCCAUUGUGUGUGUAUCAGCACAUGGUAUUGUUCAGUCAAAAAGACCAGGGAAAGUUACUAUUAAAGUGGUAUCUAGUUUUGAUUCUUUCAAUUACGAUGAGUUGGAAAUUGAAGUUUCCAUUCCUUCCUCUAUGAUCAUGCUGCAACAAUUUCCUGUAGAGACUGUUGUGGGAUCAAAUCUUGCAGCUUCCGUGACACUUAAAGAUUCUAAUGGUGAUAAUUAUUUCAGAUGUGAUGCUUUCAGUUCAGCCAUACAGUGGAAUACCGGAAGCGAUUCUUUUACGAUUGUCUAUACAGAGAGAGAAUCAUUCUUAUUUGAUGAGCAAGACGUCCCUGAUUUGCUUGCAUCAUUAUAUAGCCCGCCAUGUGCCUGGGCCCGUAUAUAUGCUUCUGCUACUGGGCGAACAAUGCUACAUGCUUCACUUAAAAAGGAUUAUCAUCCUCUUGAUCAUUCGCUCACCGGAUCUAUCGAUUUAAAAGCAUCAGCUCUCAUUUCAGCAUAUCUACCACUCUUCGUGCAUCAGGCAGGUGAUGGGAACCAGUAUGGUGGUUAUUGGUUUAAUUUGUCUUAUGCUGAGGCUAAUAACCAUUUAGAGAAUUUGAAAAUCUUGAAUCUUGUUCCUGGCACACAUAUGGAUGUCACUCUGUCCGGGGGACCAGAUCAGUGGGGAGGAGGUGUUGAAUUCACUGAAACUGUGGAAAUUUUACCUCAGGAACAGACUAAGCAGAAAGGGGUUUUGGUCCAUAAUAUAACUACCAUUUAUGGUAGCUCAUAUAGAAUAUCAUGCGAGAAUUGGGGAGAAUUUAAAGUUCUUUUCAAACGUGGAAACUUGGCUGGCGAUGAUCAUAUACUACCUGCUGUGGCGGAGGCUGAACUAUUGCUCUCAUGUAUCUUACCAUCUUCAAUCUCAAUAGUAGUUGAUAGUUCUGUCAAUGCCCUUGAUGUGAUACACACAGCUAUGCAGGCUGACCGGAAUUCAGAGCAAGUUCGGGCCCUUCCAAUCACUGUGGCUAAUGGGCGAACUAUUAGAGUAUCUGCUGUUGGUAUUAGUGACUCUGGGAAUGCUUUUGGGAACUCUUCUUCUCUUAGUAUAAGUUGGGAAGCGAGAAAUUGUGAUGGAUUGGCCUUCUGGGAUGCUGCUGCUACAUCCAUAUCAAAUUGGGAGAGGUUUUUGGUCUUGCAAAACUCAACAGGACUUUGCACUGUUCGUGCCACAGUUGGUGGAUUCAUAGAGACCUUGAGUAAUCAUCGCUUUAUUAAAUCCUAUGGAAGUUCAAAAUCUCUUACCGAUGCCGUACAACUACAACUUGUCUCUACUUUAAAAGUCACUCCAGAGUUCAGCUUGUUAUUAUUCAGUCACUUGGCUAUAUUAGAUCUCUCAAUUAGUGGAGGGAGUUGUGCACUGACUACUGUGGUUAAUGAUACCCAAGUUGCAGAAUUAAUUGAUCGUACACCAGAUUUGCAUUGCUCUCAACUAUCACUAGCGCCUAAAAGUUUAGGGACUGCACUUGUUACGGUUUAUGAUAUGGGACUUUCUCCCCCACUUGCUGCCACCUCCGUGGUUCAAGUUGCUGAUGUAGAUUGGCUUAAGAUUACUUCGGGAGAACUAAUAAGCCUCGUGGAAGGAAGUUCCCAAUCUAUAGAUCUUCUGGCUGGGGUAAAUAAUGGACGCACUUUUGACUUCUCCCAGUACAUGUAUAUGAAAAUUCGUGUGCAUAUUGAAGAUCAUAAUAUUGUUAGUCUGUUAGAUGGUAUUAGCGAUGGAUAUCUGAAGGCUCCAAAAUUUAUCCUUCAGGCCAAAAAUCACGGUAUUACGACUCUUUAUGUAAGUGCUAGGCAACAAUCUGGACGUGAAAUAUUGAGCCAAUUUAUUAAGGUUGAAGUUUAUGCCCCACUUAGUAUACGUCCUUCUAAUAUAUAUCUUGUACCCGGUGCUUCUUAUGUGCUUACCGUGGAAGGAGGCCCAACUAUUGGUGGUUAUGUUGAAUAUGGAAGUAUGAAUGAUGAGACUGCAAUAAUUCAUAAAUCUUCUGGGCGGCUGAUUGCAAUUGCUCCAGGGAAUACAACUCUCGUGGCUAGAAUUUAUAGCAAAGGUGAUGAAGUGAUGUGUCAUGCAUUUGGAUAUGUAGUAGUUGAGAUCCCUUCUUCAGCAAUGUUAAAUGUGCAGAGUGAGCAACUUGCCAUUGGUAGCGAACUACAAAUAUAUCCUUCGUUUACCAACGGUAAUUUGUUUUCUUUGUAUGAGGUGUGCAAGAAUUAUGAAUGGAGCGUUGAAGAUGAAGACGUAUUGACUUUCAAAGUAGUAGAUCUCUUGCAUGGUUACAAGCUUGGUGCCUCUUCCAUUGUUUUGGAAGCAAGUGGAUCUAAUGAGAAGCUUGACCUAAGGUUUAUCCGCGAGUUUUAUGGAAAGUCUUCUGGCCAGACUCAUGUCAGCGUUUCAUUUUCUUGUAAUUUUGUAUCCCGUUCAUUUUCACAGUCCAGGUUAUAUACUGCAUCCAUAUUGCUCUCUGUGGUGCCUGAUCUCCCUCUUGCUCUUGGAAAACCAGUGACAUGGGUACUUCCUCCUCAUUAUAUAACAUCAAAUCUCUUACCAUCAUCUUCAGGGUCCUACAGUCAGGGAGAUGCUCAGAGCAGCAAAGGAACCAUUACUUACACUUUGUUAAAAGAAUAUGGGGGUCAGAAAGAUAUAGAGUUGGUAAAUGAAGCAAUAUCCAUCCAAGGUGUUAAAAUACAAACAAGAGAGAGUAAUAAUAUUGGGUGCAUUCAGGCGAAAGAUAGAUUGACUGGAAGAUUUGAGAUUGCAUCUUGUGUUAGAGUCGCUGAGGUAGCUCAAAUCAGAGUGAGCAGGCAUGCGUUUCCAUUUUACAGCGUUAACCUUGCUGUUGGAGCUGAACUCAGUAUUCCGCUGAUAUAUUACGAUGCUUUUGGAUACCCUUUCUACGAGGCUUAUAACAUUGUUUUGUAUGAUGUUGAGACUAACUAUGGCGACAUUGUCUCCAUCAAUGACACACAUGACGGUAAUAUAUAUCUGAAAGCAUUACAAUUUGGUAGAGCACUGGUCCGAAUAUCCUUAAAAAAUAACUCAACCAAGUCGGACUACUUGUUGAUCACAAUUGGUGCUCGUUUGUACCCUCAUAAUCCACUCCUCCAAUUGGGUAAUCGUCUUAAUUUCAGUAUUGAAGGCCUCACUGAUCAAGUAUCUGGCUGGUGGACGAGUGUUAAUACAAGUACUGUUUCAAUAGACAGGGUGUCUGGAGAAGCUGAAGCCAUUGGGGAAGGAAGUACUCAAGUCAUCUAUGAAAGCUCAGAUUUCAAGUUGCUGACGUUUGUUACAGUCUCAAAGGGGCAUAUGAUAACUGUUAAUGCUCCAAAAGGGAUUCUAACAAAUGCUCCUUUCUCAAUGAGAGGUUAUAAAUUCCUUGUGACAUUUAGUGAUGCGUUUGAACCCAUCCGUGAACCAGGGGGGGCUGUUAAAACACUCCUGCAUGAGUGUGAAGUGGAGCCACAUUUUGUUGGGUAUGCAGACCCAUGGAUGGAUUUUGAGAGUGGAAUGUCAUAUUGUCUCUUCUUUCCAUACUCACCAGGACACUUGGUUCGUUCAGUUGGAAAUUUGAAGGAUACAAGGCGGGAUAUAAGUGUUACCAUCAAUGCUUUUGUGCGAGGAACAAACAAUAUAUCUGGAUCUGCUUCUGCUUUUUUUGUUGGUGGAUUUGCUAUACUGGACAUGGACCACAACUCAUUACAUUUGAAUUUGACUUCCAAGUCUAACAAGUCUGUCAUAACUGUAGUCGGUAAUACAGAUGUUGUUGUUGACUCGCAAGGUCGGAAUCAGUUGCUAAUCACACCUAUACACAGAGAAAAUAAUGGAGUAGCAGGGCGGGCAGAAUACGAGGUCAAAGUUCUCAGCUCUUGGAGGUUCAAAGAUAAAUUGAUAAUUUCACUCGCAGCAAAUGGCCAGAGAGUCGAAAUUGAUGUAAACUAUGAACCUGAGAAGAUACCCGCACUGCCUUCAUCCACUAAAGUCAGCAACUGGAUGGUUAUACUUGUGUGUUCCUCUGUUCUAAUAUCAACACUAAUUCUGUUUCUCUGUUACCUGGAUAGAUCAAAUAGAUAUCAAGCAAAUGCGGCACCUACCACCCGAACUGCCACAGUUCAAUCACCGGCAACCCCUCCUCGGAGCAGUCCAUCCGUCGUGAAUGAACACUCUCCACAAACGCCUCAAGCUUUCAUAGACUAUGUAAGGAGAACAGUUGAUGAGACUCCUUACUACAGGAAAGAUCCGCGCAGGAGGUUUAAUGCACAAAAUACCUUUUAGAUUGUAUGAGCACUUUAUUAGUUCUCUCCUUUCCCCUUUCCCCUUUCUAAGUUGUUGUAUCAGUUUGGAUGAAUAUAUAGUCACACUAGAAAAGGGUUGUAGUCAUGUAAGGCAACUGUUGUAUUAAUGCCAUUUUUCUGGCUACAAAUUUAAGCCCCACCCUUUUGUGCUC